GAACAAUUCGUCAUCAGCAGAAUCAUCCCCAAAUUUCGACUUCAUCGAAGCGCCCAGUGGUUGAAUCCAUGGCGUAGAAUCACUGCCUUAUCUCCAUGGCGAUGAAUCUCCACGUAAACCCUAGCCGGCACUCAUCUUCCUCCGAUUAACGCUACUUCCCUCUCUCUCUCUGUUCGUCUUCCAUGGAUACUCUAACAAGCUCUGUUUCAACUCUCAGAGUUCCAUCCACUUUAGCUUCAUCUCGCGACCUUCUUCACCUCAAGAAUCACUCUGCUCAUCUUCCUCAUCGCUCUCCUUCUCGCAGAUCCAACUCAAUCUCCAAACCCCCUAAUUUUCUCUCUACUCACAAAACCCUAAAUCCGCUUCCGUUUUCUUCUUCCUUCUCCUCUUCCUCCCCGCGCCGCUCCUCUUCGCCGUUACUUCACCGUCGUCCUGCUGCUGGAUACGCCGCGGCACUCGUCGAUGCAUCGCAAACUACCGGAUCGAUUCACUCGGUGGCGAAGGACGUUGGGAGAUUCUCGAAGGUUCUGAGAACGAAGCGAAUCGGGGGGUUUUUGAACGAUCCGUUUGUAGGGGAGGAGGAGAAAGGGCGAUUGGUGAGGGAAAUUGCGGCGAAGGGAGGGUUUGAGAAACAGGUGGUAAAGUUGACGAAGAUGUUGAUUGAGAAAAAGAGAUUGGGGAUUCUGAAUGAGGUGUUGAGCGAAUUCGAGAGGAUUUAUGAUGAGCUUUGUGGAACUGAAGUGGUUUUGGUGUCUUCCAACAGGAAGAUGCAGGAAGAGGAGCUGUUUGGGAUUGCGAAGAAUGUGCAGAGGCUUAGUGGGGCUAUGAAAGUGAAGGUUAGAAGCUUCAUCAAUGGCGGAUUAAUGGUGUAGAGGAAGGUAAUCUGGCUACAGAAGCUUUGAAAAUUUGUGCUGGAACUGGAAAUUGUCGUGGUUUUCGAAUUUUAGGUAAUCUCGACCCCCACCCCAACCCCCACCAAGCAAGAUUUCCCUACCUCACAAAUGAAUAUCAGAACAGUUCCCCUCCUCUUUCAACCAACAUUAUUUUAGCCCUUUUCCUCUGUAACUUCACAUAUGAUACGAGAAGUAGAUCGAGAAAAACAAGUUUUUGUGGAACACAUUAUGUAAAUAUAUUUUCAACUGGCACUCUGUGUUUGUUUUGAAUCUCCGGA